GACAAAGGCUUCGACGAACCCUCCGAGCAGGUCGCUAAUGCACAGAAAUUUCUAGCGCUGGCUUUGGCGAGAUGGGAAAGCCUCGAGAAGGAUCUGGGGUUGAUGCACGAAAAGUGGCGAGAAGCCAUACAGAACGGCGACAAAGAGGGGGAAAGCAAGUGGGAGUCGAAGAUAGAAAUUGCCGAGUCGAAGAUCGACAAGGCCAAGGUGGAUGCCGAAAAGAAAAAAGAGGAGCUCGAGAAAGCCAAAUCAACAGCACCCCUUCAGGCGAAGGCAGCGCUAAGGGUCAUCAAGGAAGAAGAACUCGAUGACCUGUCUCAAGUGCGCGUCCCCGCAGCAAAGGUACAGGAUGGACAGACACUUGUGGGGAUCGAUGCUUGCCUGACAGCUUGCAUGGGCUUUCUCAAGAAGUACAUCAACCAAAGCGAUGGGAGU